CCUACGAGAACCACCCUGUCCUGUGGACCCCCACCUGCCGCAUUCUCACCAAACCCCCUCCUUUCCUUCGACCUUUUCCAUAGUCAAACCUUCCUUCCAAUUCAUCUUCUCCUCCUCGCCUCGGCUCAUCUUCUCGCCGAGGACGCAUCCGCACCAGAAAAACGAGGAACGCGUGCGCCUGGGCACAGCUAGAAAUCAAGCUAAGCUCUAGCUGUGCUGUCCAUCGUCGCGGGGUGGUUUCUCGGAGGAGGCUAGCGCGUGGGGGUGGGGUGGACAAGGAAGGGGCGAUGAUGGAGGUGGGGGAGGAGGCGGCGAGGGCGCUGGGCGCCGGGUUCGACCUCACGUCGGACUUCCGCCUCCGCUUCGCCAAGCCCCGGCGCCGCCUCGUGGACCUCGACGAGACCGGGGCCAGGGACGUCCCCGUCCCGGGCGGCGGCGGCGCCGUGCUGCGCGGGGUGCCGCGCGACGUCGGGAUCGACAAGGGAGACCGCAUCCGCUUCCGCUCCGACGUCCUCGAGUUCAACCAGAUGUCGGAAUUACUUAAUCAGAAAUCUUCAGGCCAAGGGAAAGUGCCUUCAGGCUAUUUCAAUGCGCUUUUUGAUUUGACUGGAGCUUGGUUGACAGAUACCAAGGAGACUAAACAUCUUGCAUUUGAUGGAUAUUUCAUUUCCUUGUUCAACUUGAACUUAAAAGCUUCUCCAUUGGUUCUUCGCGAUGAAGUCAAAAAGGCUGUUCCAUCAAAGUGGGAUCCUGUAGCACUAUCUUCUUUUAUCAAAACUUAUGGGACACACAUAAUUGUUGAAAUGGCUGUUGGAGGUCAGGAUGUGAUCUGUGUUAAGCAAAGUCAUUCUUCAACUAUUUCGUCUGCCGACCUAAAGCUACAUCUGGAAGACCUUGGCGAUUUUCUAUUCUCUGAUGGGAAGAACCUCUCCCCCAUACACCGUAAGACCAAGGAUGGCAAGACCAAGGUGCCUGAUGUUUUCGUCAGGAUAGUACAGCAGCCUAAUAAUUUACAUCUUUCCAGCUACUCAGAGUCAUCAACCAAGGACGGCCUCACUAUUACAUGUUCGAAAAGAGGUGGAGAUGUACGUAUACCCAGUCAUUCCAAGUGGCUACAAACAGUUCCAAAGAAUCCUGAUGCUAUAAUGUUUAAAUUUGUUCCGAUAACCUCUCUUCUUACGGGUAUUCCUGGUAGUGGUUACCUCAGCCAUGCCAUUAAUUUAUAUCUUCGCUACAAACCUGAUCUUGAUGAAUUACAACAUUUCUUGGAGUUUCAAGUGCCUCUACAAUGGGCGCCACUGUUCAAUGAGCUUGUCCUUGGGCCUCAAAAGAGAAAAGGCUCAUACCCUUCAUUGCAGUUCAGAUUCCUUGGCCCCAAACUUCGAGUCAGCACUUCUCAGGUAUCUAGUACCCAGAAGCCUGUUGUUGGCCUUCGGUUAUAUCUUGAGGGUAGGAAGUGCAAUCGGUUGGCCAUCCAUGUUCAGCACCUCUCUAGUGUCCCAAGCAUGCUUGGAGACUCGAUGGCCUCUUCGAUGUCAGAGUGGCGUGAGUCGGAAGAGAAUGACCCAGGGUACAUUGAGGCCAUCCAGUGGAAGAGUUACUCAUGUGUUUCCACAUCUGCCGUAAAGUACAACCCCGAGUGGCAUAAGAGAGUUUCUGGUGGAGCUUUCAUCGUCACCGGUGCGCAGCUCGUCACAAAGGGAACCUGGGCAAGGAAGGUUCUCCAUCUGCGGCUCCUCUACACGCACAUCCCAAACUGCACCGUACACAAGUCAGAGUGGACCCGGGCACCGGCAGCAUCUCACAAGGGAAGCUUCCUGACAACAAUAAGCACAACUCUGAGCUCUCCUUUCAUGCAUCGCAACGCGCAGCCUGCCCCAAAGCAUGAGCCGGCACAACUGAAUUCAGGUGUUUACCCUGACGGACCACCCGUCCCUCUUCAGUCAAGGAAGCUCCUGAAAUUCGUCGACAUGUCAGAGGUGGUGAAGGGGCCGCAUGAUGUCCCUGGGCACUGGCUGGUGACUGCUGCCAAGCUUGUGAAGGAAGGGGGGAAGAUCGGAUUGCAUGUGAAGUUUUCUCUGCUCAAUUAUGAUACAGAGCAGCCACUGUAUGAAGUAUCAUGAGUUGAUCAUUGUAGAUAGCGCAGGUUGUUGUUCAUCUUUGUAGUUGUCAGGAUUUUGGGAGCAGCAUUAGGAUAUUUUUUUUACCAAUUUUUUUGCCUACAGAAAAUGUAUAAAUGACAGACAAUAAACAAAGAGCACCGUAUUGACAAUGCUCCAUUCUUUUCUUUUCCCCUUUUUUGCCGUGUAACUAGAGUAUCUGCUUGUAAAUUAUGAUAUAUAUGACUAUUUUAUACUGACUCA